AGUUUUCAGUUCCACCAACAAUUCAUCCCGAGAUGGUCAAUUAUACAGCAAAUCUGAAAGAGUCAAUUGUCAUACCAUGCAAUGCAACUGGAAUCCCUGAACCAGUUGUUUCGUGGGUGAAAAUGCCGAAUAUUGAUAUUGUUGCAAAUGAUGAGAGUAAGCCAAUUUUCUCAUUUCAGUGCUGUGGCCACUUAUGUAUUUUAGAGUAUCGGAUACUUGGAACAUCAUUGGGAAUCCGGAAUAUUGCACCAGAAGAUGACGGUUUUUAUCAUUGUAUUGCCAAGAGCAAUGCUGGUCAGGCUAUUGGUUCGAGACGUGUCACAGUGAAACUAAAAUGUCGAUAUUUUGAUCGAAAAUCUUUUGAACUUUAUUUAGUACCAAUAAAAGACUACAAGGUGAUCUGGGUGGAAUGUGAUGAGAUGGGAAAUCCUGUGAAAACAACCUACGUUCCGGCACGCGGUGAUGUGCCCGAAGAUGGAACCAAUCUCCUGCCAUGGAAACAAGAUUAUCAGGAUUUACCCAAGAAUGGAACGAACGGUAUUCUGAUCCGAUGCUUGCCAGGAGUGAGGGGUCCUCGUCGUGUGCCCAUUGCUACUGCGCCUCAUUUCACCUAUUCCCCACGUUCACAAACAGUUCGUCUCGGUUCAACUGUUUAUCUUCAUUGUAGUGCAUAUGGACCUCCAAUGCCGGAAAUAGUUUGGCUGAAGAAUGGUGAUAGAUUAGCACAUGAGCAAUCGGUUGAGGGUCAUUCAACAUUACGUAUUGACGUACACGAUACGAGUGCAUCUGGGACUUACGUUUGUAUGGCACAAAAUGUGGUUGGUGCCAGUCGGACACAAGCUAGAAUCACAGUUGACAGCAACGGUCCGAACAGUACCGAGAAACGAGAAAACAUUCAACAUAUCGCACUUCUAACAUGUUUUGAGAAUGGAAUUCCACAACGUGAAGGAGUUACGUGGGCUAUUCAUGGCGAUCAGUUGAAUAAAGAUGAUGAGAAAAUUCACUUGAUGAACAACGGUUCAUUGGUCAUCUUUGAUGCAAAUAAUGUUUCUGUA